AUGCAAACAUGUAUGCACAAAACACAAAUAUAUGUGUAAAUCUAAAACCCUAAUCCCCCUUUGUCUUUCAUCAUCUCUCCUACUGAGACUGAGCUGAAACAACAAUGGCGAUGAACAUAAUCUUCAACCGAUCUCGACCUCUUCUCCUGAGAACCCUCAAACCAAUCUUCUCCAAACCCAUCUCCACCUCCCCAUUUCUCUCUCAACAACCCCAACCCCUCUCCCCUGAUCCACCCACCCCGGCCCCAUCCUCCCAAACCUCCUCAGCUACCUGGACCCACCCCCCUGGGUCCACCCAUUCUCUGGUCCCACUUGACUUUCUACAGACCCAUGUUGUCAAACUUGAGAGAAUUGCAGAGUCCUUGGAUUUGGAGUCGAUAAAGGAGCUUUUUGCUGAUUGGAUGACAUUGCAGAAAUGGCAUGAUAUGAAGAAGGUGUUUGAGCAUUGGAGCAGUUGUUAUGAUAAGAAUGGGAAGCUCAAUAAGCCUGAUGUGGGGUUGUAUAAUCAUUAUUUGAAAGCUAAUUUGAUGUUGAAAGCGUCGCCUAGUCAGUUGCUUGAGUUGGUUUCUGGGAUGGAAAGCUUAGGGAAUUUGAUUCUCAAGACUAUGUAUCUCUAUAAGGAGGUCGAUACUGCUGUCCAAUUGCUUGAUAGGAUGAUCGAGUCAGAAAAAGAGACAGAUAAAGGCAGUGAACAAGAUGUAGUCUGUAGGCCUGAUGAUGAGUCCUUGGAUUUGGAGUCGAUAAAGGAGCUUUUUGCUGAUUGGAUGACAUUGCAGAAAUGGCAUGAUAUGAAGAAGGUGUUUGAGCAUUGGAGCAGUUGUUAUGAUAAGAAUGGGAAGCUCAAUAAGCCUGAUGUGGGGUUGUAUAAUCAUUAUUUGAGAGCUAAUUUGAUGUUGAAAGCGUCGCCUAGUCAGUUGCUUGAGUUGGUUUCUGGGAUGGAAAGCUUAGGGAAUUUGAUUCUCAAGACUAUGUAUCUCUAUAAGGAGGUCGAUACUGCUGUCCAAUUGCUUGAUAGGCUGUUAAGAGUGGGAACUAACAAAAAUAAUGUGUGCUUCUUGCUUCAAUUUCAUAUGUAUAUACAUAAGUUAAAAAACUAAGGAUGAUCGAGUCAGAAAAAGAGACAGAUAAAGGCAGUGAACAAGAUGUAGUCUGCAGGCCUGAUGAUGAGUCACUGGAAACAAAGAUGAAGUAGGUUCUAAAAAAAUUUAAUUAUAUAUUUACAAAAGAUGGAGACAAUAAAUAUUCUUACCACCAGUGCAUACUCCAAAAUAAGCCUUGUUCUGUAUAUCAUCCAUUAGUUGUUCUAGCUUCAAGCGAAAUACUCGUGCAACAAUGUCUGGAUUGUCUACUGAUUUUGCUUCCAAAGGAAUAAGUUUCAACAUCUGAUUUAUUUCA